AUGCAUACAGUAUAUUUUAUCAUUUUCAUCAUUUUUAUACAAGUUAACAAAAGCUUUUGUGCAUUAGCAUUUGGAGGUUUUUUUCCAAUACCAUUAACUAUAAAAAAUGAUGAUAAAAAUUUUCCACAAUGCCCUGAGGACGGUGGAAUAUAUUCCCAUUCAACUAAUUGUUCACUUUUUCAUUUAUGUACGAUUGAUACUCAUGCAAUCUAUACAUGCAUUGAUGGUUUCUUUUUCAAUCCAACGACUGGUGAAUGUCAAUUUUGGCCACUUAAAAAACAAAUAAAAUGUGAUGAAAUUCAUAAAACAAUUAUUGAUGAUAGUGUUGCGUCAUUUGAACAAUCGAUCGAAAAUUAUGAUUAUUUUAAUCAUCGUAAAUCUAAAACAUCACAAUGCACGCAAACUGGAAUAUAUCCAGACAUACUCGAUUGUUCAUUGUUUCAUUAUUGUCAUGAAAAUAAGUAUCACGAAAUAUUUCAAUGUCCAAAUGGAUUAAAUUUCGAUCCAAAAACAUUUAUGUGUUCAGCAUCGCAGCUUGUUAACUGUCAAUAUGAACCACACACGCCAGUAGUUGAUGAAACUUCAACUAUGGAGUCAGAUCCAAUUUGUCGUAACUAUGUUCCUGGCACUUAUUUACCAGUAGCGAAUAUAUUCGAUGAGUUCAUCAUAUGUGGAAAUGAUGGUAAAAAUAUUCGACAGAAAUGUCAAACCAAUUUUUAUUACAACGCAUUGACAACAAACUGUGAAAUGAAUGUCAAUAUUAAAUCUCUCGAAACAUCUUCUAAUACAAUAUAUGAAGUUGACCUGAUUGAAACAGGAAUACCUUAUACGGAUCCAAAAUUUCAAGAGAAAAUUAUUCUUAUUGAAAGAAAGUCAACUACGAAUUCACCAUUAUUCCACGCAGCCAAUUAUCUGAAAAAUAACUAUAAUCAGCGACAAAAAAUGAACGAUGUUAUUAAAAUCAUGAUGAUUAGUCUGCUGACUUUUAUUCUACUUGUUCUUUUAAGUUCAAUUAUGUUCGGUAUUUUCAUUUGUGUUCGUUUAAUUUUAUUUGGAUCAGUUGAUCGUGUUGGUAUGUGGAAUACAUUAGUAGAAGAAUCAGCUGUUUAA